UUCCCGCCACUCCGCUCAGGCCCAAAACAAUGCAGCUUAGCUUCUGAGCCGCGUCCAGCUAGCUUUAAAUAUCCAACAAACUAUUAACAUUAAUUAUUAACUGUUAACUAUUAAUUAUUAACUAUUAACUAUUAACGAGCAGUGGAAUCAAACUGCUUUACGGUUUUAUGUCGGCGGUGUUCUCGGUGUGUUGUUGUUCCUCGGCUGCACCUUAAAGCACUGACUGAAACCCGCCACCUUUAACUCAUUAUUUAAUAAUAAUAGAGUUUAACUCAUUAUUUAAGAACAAUAGAGUUUAAUUCAUUAUUUAAGAACAAUAGAGAGGUAGUUUAUGUUUUUGUUUUCUUUGUGUUUAUGUUUUUAAUCCGCGGAGCCUCCAGGCCGCUAGGUGGCGCUGGUUGACCAACCGCCAUUUAUAAACCGAAGAAGAAGAAGAAUGGCGACGGUUAACGGGCUGCUCGGUAGCCGGAGAGCGGCGGUUGGGAGCGGCUGAAAAACACCGAAAAACACCGAAAAAACACCGAAAAACGGGUUAAAUUAAAGAAACCGCGGGUGAGAACGGAGUUUGUGUCGAUAUUAAAACUAAAGCCGGACCUCCUGCUCGCUCCGCUGGUAGCAUGGAGGAGUAGAGAGCCGCUGUUAGACGCUGCCGGGCUCCUCCGGGCCGACUGACCGACGGACGGCUCGCUCUCGCCGGGGAGGGCUCACCAUGGCCCCGGGCUCUCUGGUGGCGGCCUGCCGCAGCCUGGCUCUCUCGACGUGGCUGCUCUCCUUCUGCUUCGUCCACCUGCUGUGUCUGGACUUCACCGUGGCCGAGCGGGAGGAGUGGUACACCGCCUUCGUCAACAUCACCUACGUGGACCCGGCCACCUCGGAGCUCCGCACGGAGAAGACGGAGUGCGGGCGGUACGGGGAGCACUCCCCGAAGCGGGACGCGAAGGGGGUGGUGGUGCUGCCCGCCGCGCCGCACGACCGCCAGGCCUGCGACCCCAACUCCCGGUUCGCGUUGCCCGCUCAGCCCGGGGCCUGGAUAGCGCUGAUAGCCCGGGGAAACUGCACCUACCGGGAGAAGAUCCGCCACGCUGCCGCACACAACGCGUCCGCGGUGGUCAUCUUCAACGUGGGGUCGGCCAACGCCAACGACACCAUCACCAUGCCCCAUCCAGGUACAGGCGAGGUGGUCGCCAUCAUGAUCCCGGAGCCGAAAGGCCGCGAGGUCGCGUCCCUGCUGGAGCGCAACGUGACGGUCACCAUGACGAUCACCAUCGGGACGAGGAACCUGCAGAAGUACGUCAGCAGGACGUCGGUGGUGUUCGUGUCCAUCUCUUUCAUCGUGCUGAUGAUCAUCUCGCUCGCCUGGCUCGUCUUCUACUACAUCCAGAGGUUCAGAUACGCCAACGCACGAGAUCGGAACCAGCGUCGUCUGGGCGACGCGGCGAAGAAGGCCAUCAGCAAGCUGCAGGUCCGCACCAUCAGGAAGGGCGACCAGGAGACGGAGGCCGACUUCGACAACUGUGCCGUCUGCAUCGAGGGCUACAAGGCCAACGACGUGGUCCGCAUACUGCCCUGCAGACAUUUAUUCCAUAAGAGCUGCGUGGAUCCGUGGCUGCUGGAUCACCGCACGUGUCCAAUGUGCAAGAUGAACAUCCUCAAAGCCCUGGGCAUCGCCCUGAAUGCGGAUUGCCUGGACGACCUGCCGCUGGACUACGACCUCGCUCUGGGUGGCGUGGGCGGGGUCGGCGUGGGCGGGGUGGGCGGAGUCGGGGCCCUGGCGCUGGAGGCCGUGGUGUCCGGGGCGUCCAGCGACGGCACGCUGAGCGAGGGCGGCUCCUCCGUGGUGCUGGACCCCGGCGUGCGGCGGGUGGGACUCCCGCAGGACUACCAGGACCCCGACACCCUCAGAGACAGCCCUGUGACGGCCACCACGGACACACACACAGGUGAGCUACAGCCGAUGGCGAGCAGCGCCUCGGUGGCAUCCCUCGUCAUCACCGUGGAAACGGGUCUCUCGGACGAGGAGGGGUCCAUGGAGCAGUCUCAGCUGGGGGACAAGUCCUGAGAGGAGCCGAACAGAACCAAACCAGAUCCCCCCCCACCCACCCCCCCACAAAAAAUGACUCCGUCAGGUUCAGCGGACCUGAAGCUCUGGAGAAAGACCUGAAGGCACUCACGACCCAGGACCUGAUUCUAGGUCUAAAACCCAGAACCAGCAGCAUUGUUGUCUGUGAUAUAAAACAAAACCGACUCGUCUAAAAGCAGGACUUUUGUGUGUGUGUGUGUGUGUGUGUGUGUGUGUGUGUGUGUGUGUGUUGGUUCUUGGUUCCUGACCUGGUUCUGUUUUAGUCUCCUUGGACCGGUUGGACCUAGGACCCCGAACCCUGGACUAGAACAUGGGUGUUUAUCCAGUGUGUGUUUAACCAGGAGAUAUAACUCCGUCUGUCGUUGCCUCUGUUUGACGCUGUUUCUAGGAACAGAACCUCCAACUCAUUUCAGAUAUUGUGGAACUGGACGGGAUUCGAACAGAGCCCACGUUUAUCCUCCGAUAAACACUCAAUCUCGUGUGGAAACAGGGUAGAACUGGAGAAAGGCGGCCGCCAAAUGAGCCAAUCUGGAUGGAUGAAUGCAUUAAAACUACCUGUAUGUGUCUGAGAGCGACAUCCAGGACCAGGACCAGGACCAGGACCCGUCUUCUGACCUUCUGCUGGAAUAUUCUGUCACCUGGGGUUUUCCUGAUAAAGAGGCACAACAACUUUAAACCUCUGGGACGCCGUAUCAGGGCUCGUCCUGGUCUGGAAGGUUAGGUUUAGGUUUUUUUUUAGAUUUUGUUUCUUGAUGCGGUGACUGACUUUUAUUUUGAAAGGACACACCAGCUACUCUGGGCAGAGGAUUCGGUUUUUUGUUGUUUUAUUUUGCUAAAAACGGUGGCAGUAUUAGAGCUACAGUUUGACUGCAGUAUUGAUUAGCAACUACACAUUGUUUUAUUUCCUCUUUCUGCCUGUCUGUAGGGUUCUAGGCUCCUUUUUAAUCUUCACGAUACUCCGACAGUAUUUUGGUUUGGAGGCUUCCUGAGGCUCCAAACAAACCAGGGUUCCUAUGUGAGAACGUGCUGUUGACUGUUAGCCGGGCUGCGCAGAGUAUUAUGAGGUAGGAGAAAGGUUGACGAAAUGUAGGAUUUCACUACAAGAGUUUAAAUAAUAAUAAUAAAAGUGUGACACUAGUGAGAAGAUCUUGGGUCUUUAGGAGUAGUCAGGGGGAGAAAUGCCACAAUGAUGGAGAGUUUUCAGCUGCACCAACCACCUGUUCUCCGCUUUUUAAUAGUUUGUAAGCAAUUAAACUCGUUAACCGCCCGGCAGACACCGCACGAUCCUGUUUUGUUAACUUUGGGAUGUUCACGCUGAUUUUAAAUUGAAAUUCAGACGACUAGACGAGUAAGAAAACACUCAAAAUGAAUCAAAAUUGAGCAAAAUUUAUGUUAAAUGUCGCAAAACAAUGCUGCCUUACGUUAUUAAUCGUAAAUAUAAUUAAUUAUACCCCGAGAGAGAUCACAGCGUCCGGCGUUCGGGCAUUAAAUGACGUCAUCUUGGGUUUGCCGAGUGUGGCUACCGUAAGCAGCUCUCUGAUAAUGUUGGUUUAACUCGUGCAGCGUCCGCCUGGCGUCAGAUAGACAGACUUUCCUCAUCAGUCUUCCAUCGUGGCCGUCUCUCCUGAGCCCGAACAUUCGGUAUAACGGCGUGUAGGAACCCUGCCUUUAGUGUUGCCUUGUUAUGUUGUUUCACCGUCCGUCCGUCCGUCUGCCUGACCACCACGUGUCCGAUUCCCCCCCGUGCUGCCUUUUAAAAAUAAAACAAAAAACAGACUUUGAACCCCGACAAUCAAGCAUCAGAUCUUUAACGUAGCUAGUCAGGGGAUCUCUUCUCUGAAACGUUAGCAAACGUUAGUUCAGAACCCGCAUGUGUUGUCCGCCGCAGACGGCGUGUUAGCUGCCAUUUUUAAAUUAACGCCACCAAAACAAACUGUGAAAGGCGUAAAAAAAAAAAGGUUUACACAGUCGUAGAAACACAUUAAGAGCAAAAGCUUUCCCCGCUUUACUGAGUGUAAAUAUAUGAAACGCGUAUUCCACAGAUUGACGUUUUUUUUUGCCAAACUGGUGCGCGGACUGCGAGGUCGCGUCGCGGUUUGUCGCCGGGCAACCGCGAGCUUCCUGAAACUUAAGAGAGAUUAAAAAAAAAAAAAGAUUGUCAUCUAUUUUGAUACCAGAGGAGACGUUUAUUUUUGUAACAGAGACACCCAGCAGCAAAGACUGACCCCCCCCCUCGGUCUGGUGAUCCUCAAUGUGAUUGAGUAUUGAUCGGGCAGAUUCAAGUGUUGAUUAUUUGUGUAAUUGUACAUACGGAACGCAAAUUCAUGAUAUGAAUUUAAACUAUUGGAAGUUUGUUUGUAAACAUUCAGGAUCCGAUAGUCGAUGUAGCCGGAGGAAAACUGAACCUGAGAGAAUUUAACUGCCGUAAGCCCCGCCCCUUUUUGGCCCUGCUCCAAUAACGGUUGAGCGAGCCUCGAACAAUUUCCUCCUGUCCUGUGCUUGGAUAUGCUACGUGCUAGGCUAGUCUAUGUUUAAAAGAGUGUGUAGAGUACACAUUGUACAGUAAGCGUCGUAGUUCACUAGUGUUUUGCUCUGUAGCAAAAUGCUGCUCGUCUUUUCAACAUAGACUAGCCUAGCACAUAGCAUAUCUAAGGCAAAAGAGAGCAAAAAGGGGGCGGGGCUUAGGACGGGUCGACUGCCCGAGUGUAGACUGGAAAACCAACACUGUUUAUUCCCGCCUCUCUUUCGAUGCUAAUGUCUUAAACUUAAUUCAAACAGACUUCCUGAAACUGAAUUCAGGACAUAAAACAAUAAAUUUAAGUGAAGAUCUUUUAACAGCCUUUUUAUGCACAUAUUGUUUUUCAAAUUAAAGCAACUUCCAGGACCUGAUGAGUCUUUAAAUUCAGGCAAAGGAAACCGCCUUCAAAAUAAAACCCUGGGAUGAAAAGUAUUUGUGUUUCCAGUCCUUCCAACGAGUUCAUUUCCUCUCAGAUUCAGGAAGACUUUAAAGUAUUUUUAAGUUUCUUCCUACCUUUAAUCUGUCGUCUGUCCUCGGUUUAACAUCCGAGGACGAGUUCACUCUCAGUUAUCAGCUAUAUAACAAACACUAGUUAAUUUAAACACCUGUAACAGUGGCGCAGAGCGUGUUUGCUGUAAUAUACGAACGGUGGGUUUGUAUCGCCUCGUCUUGGCCAAUUUUAAGCGAAUAAUGUUUUUAAUUAAAGUCACUUACUGUUGUGUUUAUAAGCUUUAUUUUCAAGGGAUUUAAUUACCAUGUUAUCUUCACAUUUGCACUGUUUCAUUCUUUUGUUUUUUAAUGCGACUGUGAUUCUGCUGCCAACGUAGUGAAAGUGAACUCAACCCUGCUCCUUCCUGUCGAGACUGAGGCUGCUGUGGCAUGUUGGUCCCACCUUUAAAUAUCCGGAUCAAACCUCAAAAAAUGUUUCAUUACAAACCCGAAAUGUCAAAAACGGUCAAAUACAGAAAGCUGGCGUUAAAAAUGUCACGUUUUUAAUUUGUGUACAAACUCUUUGAUCAAAUAGUUUCUGAUUCCAGUCUUUGUUUUUUUUAUUUUUUAGGCUAAUUUCUGUUUGGCUGUUUUUGUUUUGACAAAAUUUUACAUUUGAGAAGUCUAUUUUAUUUUGUCAGUUAUAUUUUUCAAAGAUGUAACUACCUAAUGAUUGAAGUAGAGUAGCUAUUGAGCUAUGACUGCCCUUAAUAACUUUAACUCGUUUUAAUGAGCUAGUUAACAUAAAUACACUAAUUAGAAAGAUUUACGGAUCUGUUCAGUAAUUUUUAGGGAUUUUUACGUGUGAAUGGGGAAAAGUAUUUUAGUGCCAACACAAUAAUUUAUUGAUUAAAGCUAGUAAACUUCAGAUUCAGUAUGUUUGAGCACUAAAAUAACAUUUAUCCAAUUCACACCUAAAGAUGAACGCAGAUAUUCUCUCUGUUUACGAGGCAGAAAAUUAUUUGUGACACUAAACGUGAACAGAUUCAAAGAAAAUAACAACAAGAUCUUAUUUUAUAACUACGACUGUUAUAAUUAUGAGUAAAUCAAAAAUGUACGAUUGGAGACGAGAUAAUUUUUAUGAAGUUAGUCUUGAUAGAAAUAAUAGAUUUUAUAAAUACAAAAUCAAAAGCUUUUCAAUAAGCUAAUGAGUUGAUAUGGGACCCUCGUGUCACUGCCAGUAAUGACGUCUGAUUGGUUCUUUGUUUUCGCCGAAUGCUGUUUUCAUUGGUUGCUUUGCCUCUUUUGUUGAUGCACUUUAAUUCUGUUUCUCUGGAAGGUUCUGAUAAAUCUCUCCCUUUACGCUCGCGAUCGCUCUCCACUGACAUUUAAAUUUCUCUCCGACUUUUCUUUCCACUGUAUUUUACUUGGAUUCUUUCCCGCUUCGGUUGUUGUUUGUUUUCCACUUUAUUCUUUUCCUUUCUCCUAACUCAGGAUGUGACUAUGUAUAUGUGAUCAAGUUUUUCCUGAUUUCAUUCAAUUUUAGUUUAAUUUCUGUUUGGCUGCUUUUGUUUUGACGAAAUUUUACAUUUGAGAAGUUUAGUUUCUUUUGUUAGUUAUAUUUUUUUAAGUAAAAGAAAGUAUUGCUUUGGUAUUGGUACCAAAACCCGCAAAUCUGCGAAAUGCUAUAUAUGUGUGUGUGUGUGUGUGUGUGUGUGUCACAUCUUAAAUUAGCUAAUGUUAGCAAAAUAUAAUGAUUUAUGUAAAUUAGCCUUUUGCUAACAUUAGUUUUCCGAUGUAACUGCCUAGCUAACGAUUGAUGUAGAUUAGGUAGCUAUUGUUUUGCUUUGCCAACCAGCUAUUUGUGUUUAUUCUCUCUUUUCUUGCCUUCCUGUAUGAUUUCUAUGUCGGAAAUGUGGGAGAUUGUUUUGUGUGAUGUUGACAACGAUCUGAUAGACCUUAAACUACGAAUUGUACAAAUUUGUAGACUGACUGCCAUAUAUUUUGCCAUAUAUUGUAAUUUGUGUUGUAGUUUAUGAGGCAGGUGAAUCCUGAGCCACGUACUCCCACUGGGAUUAUACAUUAUAAUCUUUACGUCGCCUGCGUGAUGGUGGAUCUAAGUACAUUUCAGUCGUUUUGAUAGUGUUAAAUUAGCAUUAAAUCACAGCUAUAGAAGAGGUCAUCGUCUGCAAAGAAACGAAAGCAAAAGAACAAAACAGACGUUUCAGAUCCUUCCAGAGAGACGAUCCGAUGCGUUGUAGCCGCGUUAACCCCUCUGCUACCAAGACAACAGGGUGUGAAAUGGUGUCGUGUUCGUUUCUACAAUAUUAAUUGUUUUUCAGAGCGUCUGUUUGUGUGGUUGUCCUGUGCACGCAAACACAUAAAUACCUACGUACACACGUGUAAAUACAAGGCGGCGUGACGCCAUGUUGUUUCUGUGUUUCAGUUGUUGCACGUGUUCUGAUUCAGGACAGAAUUUAAAUAAAAUUUUAUUGCAAGUUUUUGUUUUUA